AUGGACUCUGAGAACGUGUUCGACAUUUACAGCACCCCUGCGGCUCCCUCGAGCAGAAAGAAAACAAGCAAGAGGCAUCCUGGGGAAAGCAGUAAAGCACCUCAGGCUACGAAGCCUCGCACUGCAGGCGUCCCGGAGGACGGACCCUCAGCCAACGCAACUCCACCACCUUCUCCUCACGAGAAGCAAACUCCCCCUGCUCCUGCUGGGUUGACAUCAUCUCCACCGGCCCCAGUCGACAAGACUCAGCAGGACGGUCCUGCUUCCACAGGCGGCGACAUACCGAGUUGUGCCUUAAAAUUGGUCAAAGACAAAGUGGCCAAGAUUUUGAAGCACGAACAAUGCCGAGAGGCGAUGGCUGGGACGGAGAUGAUGGACGUCGACCAGAUCUUAAACCGCGCCUUGAACGAGUUUGCCAGUGAAAUGCUGACCCUUACUGCCGGUCGUCUCCGCUCGGGUGCUGUUACCUAG